GGGCGGAGCGCCGGGCAUGGAGCCGGCCCGGGAGCCCCCCGCGCGCGCCCGGCCGCCGCCCCCCGCCGCCCGCCCCGCGCCCGCGCCCGCCGCGCCCCGGCCGCGCUCGCCGGGGGAGGCGGAGGCCCGCGGCCCCGAGGGGCUGCUGCGGCGCUCCGGCUCCGGCUACGAGGGCAGCACCAGCUGGAAGGCGGCCUUGGAGGACACCACCACCCGUCUCCUGCUCGGGGCCAUCGCCGUCCUCCUGUUCGCCAUCCUGGUGGUGAUGAGCAUCUUGGCUUCCAAGGGCUGCAUCAAGUGUGAGGCGCCCUGCCCCGAGGACUGGCUGCUCUACGGCAGGAAGUGCUACUUCUUCUCCGAGGAGCCGAGGGACUGGAACACCGGCCGGCAGUACUGCCACAGCCACGAGGCGGCGCUGGCCGUGAUUCAGAGCCCCAAGGAGCUGGAAUUUAUGUUCAAGUUCACGCGGAGGGAGCCCUGGAUCGGCCUUCGCAGAGUGGGGGACGAGUUCCACUGGGUCAACGGGGAGCCCUUUGACCCCGACGCGUUCGCCAUCGCGGGGCUGGGGGAGUGCGUCUUCGUGGAGCCCACCAGGCUGGUGUCCACGGAGUGCCUGAUGACCCGGCCCUGGGUGUGCAGCAAGACGGCCUACACGUGAGGGCCCAGCACCAGCCUCCCCGCGGGCCACUGGCCAGGACAGCCCAGCCCGGAGCGACUCGCCCUCUCCCCAGCACCUCCAGCUCUUAACACAGCCUCUCACAGGCGCCUGCCACCCUGCCUCCCCGACGUGUCUUCCUGUCACCCGACCGCCCCUGCACCUCAUAAUCCCCCGGGGAGCGGGCCCUGCGUGGCCUGGCCUCUUGAUGUACAGACACGCACUCAGGCGGCUGCACACGGC